UUAUGGAACUGCUACUAACCUGAAUAUUUUCUCCGAAGCUUAUUUACGACGUUUCUCAUUGUCUAUGCAAUAGAUACGCAUCCUAAGCGAUACAUACGGUGUUAAGCUUUUUGUGACAAAUGUGAAGUAAAAAUGAAGGAAAACGCUGUACUUAAGUGGCAAAAAGUGUACAAUCCUAGCGGCCCUCAACCACGUCCCCGCCAUGGUCAUCGCGCGGUUGCUAUUAAAGAUUUGAUGAUAGUAUUCGGCGGCGGAAAUGAAGGGAUCGUUCAUGAGCUUCAUGUCUUCAACACUUCAACAAAUCAAUGGUUCGUUCCUGUCACCAAGGGUGAAGUGCCCCCCGGAUGUGCUGCCUACGGUUUCGUCGUAGAUGGGACCCGUCUUCUGGUUUUUGGCGGCAUGGUGGAGUACGGCAAGUAUUCCAACGACCUGUACGAAUUACAAGCUUCCAGGUGGGAAUGGAAACGUCUAAAACCCCUUCCUCCCAAACAAGGCCUGCCGCCAUGCCCCAGGCUUGGUCAUAGCUUUACUUUAUUGAAUGGUAAAGUUUACUUAUUUGGUGGCUUGGCUAAUGAAAGUGAUGAUCCUAAAAAUAAUAUUCCGAGAUAUUUGAAUGAUUUGUACACUCUCGAAUUGUAUCCGAGUUCAUCAAUGACUGUAUGGGAUAUACCAUUAACUUAUUGUCAAUCACCACCACCCCGGGAGUCACACAGUGGUGUUGCAUACACUGACAAGAAUACCGGAAAGUCUUCAUUAAUAAUAUAUGGGGGAAUGAGUGGUUCACGACUGGGAGAUUUGUGGGUUCUCGAUGUAGACAGCAUGUCUUGGUCUCGGCCCGAGUUGGGCGGUCCAGCACCAUUGCCCCGUUCACUUCAUACUGCUACAGUCAUCGGACAUCAUAUGUAUGUAUAUGGAGGUUGGGUGCCACUCGUCCCUGAUGAAUCAAAACUUGCCACCCAUGAAAAGGAAUGGAAAUGUACAAAUACACUUGCUUCCCUUAAUCUUGAAACCAUGACAUGGGACAAUAUAGCUUUGGAUAAGUUUGAGGAAUGUGUGCCUCGGGCACGAGCUGGGCACAGCGCUGUAGCAAUACAGACAAGGCUCUACAUAUGGUCUGGAAGGGAUGGAUAUAGAAAAACUUGGAAUAACCAAAUUUGCUGCAAGGACUUGUGGUACCUGGAGGUGGGUGUGCCUCCUCAAGCAGGCAGGGUGGCACUUGUGCGUGCUGGCACUACUUCACUGGAACUAUGCUGGCCUGGCAUGAGCACCGUCACUACCUAUCUUCUUCAAGUUCAAAAAUGUGGUAAAGUAACACCGGCUCGAUUCCCCUCUGCAGCUGAACCGGUGUCUGCUCCUCCUCCUGCCUCUCCUGUAGCCUCACAACCUGAUGCCGCCAAAGCUUUUGGACUUAUAUCACCGGUCGCGACCGGAUUGCCCCCCGCCCCCGUUGAGUUGCGACAAGUGCGACCCGUGGCUGCAGCAGUAUCGCCAGCGCCUGCGCCUGGGCCUGUCGCAUCUACGCCUCAAAAGAUCGUUUCUGGUGCUAUCAAAGUUCCCGCGCAAUCGGCCGUGAAAAUUUCAACCAACACUCCCACUUUAAAACAAGCCUCAUAUCAAACCAAGACCGUGGUCAAGUCCCCAGCCGCUGGGUCAUCGCAACAUAUUAAAGUGGCGGCCGUGACACCACAAGGUGUUACGAGAAUAGUGAGCGGAGUGGGUACGCCGGGCACAGUGCGAGUGUCGACCGCACAGUCGAAUGCCCAGAUCGUGCUGGGUACGAGCGCCGGCGGCGCGGGAACGCCACGCUUCGUCCAAGUUAAAACUGGCUCGAGCGCGGGAGUGCCGGUCAAGCUGGGUGCAGGAAAUAUGCCCGUGAAACUAGCUGGAAACGCGGUUCCUUUAAAAAUUGGUUCGGCUAAUAUUCAAGGCAAGAUAGCGUCGAACAGCGUUCAAAAAGUGGCCACUACUAAUAUGCCAUUGAAGCUAGGAGCAGGCAAUGUCAAAAUAGGGACGAGCAAUGUUCUCGUAAAGACGGCCGGCGGUGUUCCCAUACAGGCGGGGGUGGCUAACUUGCAGACGAAAGUGGGCUCGGGCGUACCUGUAAAGCUGGGCGCAGGCAACCUGCCCGUCAUUGGCGGCGGCGGCGGCGCAAUACAGAUCGCGAGCGGUGCUCUCGCGGGUCAACAGGUCAAGGCGCCGGUCUACAAGAUAGUGACGGCCAAAUCUAGCGAGCAGGUAACGUCGGCGACGAGUGCCGCGGCAGCGACGGGAGCCACGGUUCUGCGUCAGACAGGCGGCAACGCAGGCAUACCCGUCAUCAUCAAGAAGACCCCCGGCUCUGGCACUCAAUCCUCCUCGACGCCUCAAUACGUUACACUGGUGAAGACGUCGACUGGCAUGGCGGUCGCGACGAUGCCAAAAAUGACCAUGAUGCAAAACCGGCCCGCGGUGCCGGUGAGUGCGGCGCAAGCGCAAGGCAUAACCCAGGGCGCGACCAUCGUCAAACUGGUGUCUGCGAAUACCGUAGGAGGAAACAAGAUCAUUACAUUGCCCUCAAACAUGCUGCAGCUGAGCAAGCCAGGCGUCGGCGGAAAGCAGACGAUCGUCAUCACGAAGUCAGCGGGGCAAACAACGCAGCCGGGUCAGUCGCAGUGAGCCAGUUGCCGCAAGUUUGUUUUUGUUAACAUAGAUACUAAAUAAGAGGACUAUAUACACUAUAUUUUAAAUUGUAUGAGUUUUCUGUAUGUUAUUUCAGGGCGUCAUUAGAGUUUAUUGACACAUUUUAUUUACUCUGAUAUUUUACUUUGUCUAAUGAUGUGGUUGUGUGUGCAUGCAGUAAGGUUGCACUGUCAGGAAAAGUGUGCGGGAGUGCCUGCUCCGCAGCAGGAAGCCAACGGCUGAAUGUGGCCCUCCUUUGCUCUUCUCAGUAUGCAAUGUCAAACAGAGCUAAACGAGGUAAAGUUAUUCAAACUUUUUUGUAUUUUAA